GCAGCAGACCGUCCUUCUCGUCCUCCUUCGCAAACUCACGCAAGCUGCUGGGCACCACGGCGAUAACACUGUUGAUUUUAACGCUGUGGGAUCAGCCGCGACAAUUUUAACCCUCAUUUAAGCCGCUGCAGCCAAUGGAUCCGGGGGGCGGAUAGGGCUCGCUAGGGGAGUUGUCUGCUUGCAAGAAAGCCGAUUGGGCCGCCUUAAAAAGGGCACACCUCCGCCUUCUGCCGCCGUACAGAAAUAGAAAGGUCUGGCAGGGAGAGCAGCUCUAGUAAGAGGGACAAAUUAAGACGAUUUACUCCAAGUGAGAGCCGGUUUCAUUAGCGAUAGUAGCUGUUUACCUUCUCCAGCCUGGCUGACCACCGAGCCGGGGGGUAAAUCUGCUGUUUCAAUCAGAUCCAAACACAACUAUAUAUAUUUUUUAUAAUUGAUUCUGAAUUACAGCUUAAAUCCACGUGAAAGCUUCCAACUUGUUAAUUAACUAAAGGAAUGGCCCUAGACUUCGCCGCUGGAUGUGUGGGAGGUGCUGCUGGUGUUUUGGUCGGCCAUCCAUUCGAUACUGUAAAGGUGGGUGUUUCCUAAUUCCUUCCUUUGAUUUUCUUUCACCUUUGUUAGGCAAUAAACAUAAUUUACUGAAUUUACAUUUUUUAAAUAACAGAACAUAAACAUUUUCGACAUAAGGAUGAAAUUUGUAAUUAUUUUUCCCAUGUAUGUUUUACUUUUAGGGUAUAUUUCACUAAAUUGGGGCCAGAAAAUCCUGUAAGGACGGGACAGUACUUCCUAAUCCAACCCAGUUAUUCAUUUUCUACAAAACCCUAAAAAAUAAUAUUUCCGGUCAGCUGUGUUUACUUCAGAGAAUGUGUGUGAAUAUUGGCAGCGUUUUGUAAGAAUCCAGUAACUCAUAGGAUAUGUUCACACUACAGCCUGAAGUGACCCAAAACUGAUUUUAUUUGUAUUUUCUUUAGUCAUUUUUUCCAAAUGUGACUUUUUAAAUUUAAAUAAAUGACAAGCAUACAAAGUAUUUACAUAGAUAAAUUAUUCUGAGAGCCUUUUCCUUAGUAGACUGUUAUUGAUUUAACAUAUAGCUCCAUAUAUUUAAUAAAAUGAGGUGCUUUAUUGGUACCGUAAAUUUACAUAUAAAAAAUGUUAAAUUUCGCAAAACAAAUGAGCAAGUUCAUUAUAUAAAAAAAUUUAGGAUCCUUUCUGGGGAAUUUAGAAAAACGGAAUGAAACACUUCACUAACUUAAGUAAAAACACGUUAAAAUAUGGUUAUUAAUAAAUCUUCCAAAGUUUGGUGCCAAAAGAGGACUGACAGUAUCUUAAAAUUUUCCCGCACGGUAAAUUUUAUAAAGAAUUUUAAAUGACAUUUCCUUCACAUUAUUUACGAUUAAAUAUUUAUAGGGGAUCAUCCAGGCAGUUUUCCAGUUGAUAAUCCGUCCAAAUAUGCGACUUGUAUGGAACUCAAAAGACCUGAAAUGUCCCUCAUGCGCAGUAGAGGGCGCAGUAUCGUCUAGCUGCUAGCGAGCAGCGCAAUGCUGAAAAGAAGAAGAAGUGCUCAGUGUUUGCGGAAGUAAACAUGGAUGCUAAUAACUUACGAUUUUAAAGUUAUCACAUUCACAACUUGAUCCUCAUUAUUGUCCGCCAUGGUUGUUGUUUCUUAUUUAUGUUUGCGCGUCUCAGGACGCAGAAUAGUCGAGAAUCAAUGAGGUUCCGGUCGGAUGAAUGCGACCCGAUCAGAUGUGUAAUGGAUUUAAAGUCACAUAUUCAAUCAAAAAAUCCAAUUUGUGUUCUUCAGACUGUCAUAAAAAAUCGGCUACGGCUCGCUUUAAGGCAAAAAAAAAAGUUUCUUGCCACUUCCGGCUGCAGUGUGAACGUAGCCGCCGUAAAGUAAAUAUUUCCGUGCUGGAAAAGCGUCCGCUGGUGAGGAAGCUUCUUCACAUGAAGGCGAAUGUUAAUGUUGCAGCUUGUUUCAGAGGCUGAAUGGAUGUUGGUUGUAGUUCUUUUGACACCUUGCUGUUUGAUGUCGUUUCUCCCUGAGCCGGUGUCUGCUUGGGGCUCGGGGCGGCUGUCUUUAACAGCUACAGUGUCACUGUGUUGUAGAUGAGAGAGAGAAAUAAACAACCUCUCCACGGAAAUGUGACCUAGUGCGGCUUCAGGUACAAAAUGUGGACAAACCUCUUUACCGCGGGACUUUGCACUGCUUUCAGUCGAUUGUGCGCCAAGAAUCGAUGCUCGGUCUGUAUAAAGGCAUCGGUUCUCCAAUGAUGGGGCUGACGUUCAUCAACGCCAUUGUCUUCGGCGUCCAAGGCAACACCAUGCGAAGGCUCGGCCGCGACACACCCCUCAACCAGUUCCUGGCGGGCGCCGCCGCCGGAGCCAUCCAGUGUGUCAUCUGCUGCCCGAUGGAGCUGGCGAAGACGCGCAUGCAGAUGCAGGGAACCGGCGAGAAGAAGUCUAAGAGGAAGAUGUACAAGAACUCCCUGGACUGCCUGGUGAGAAUCUACAGGAAGGAAGGUUUCCGGGGCAUCAACCGCGGCAUGGUGACCACGCUGCUGCGCGAGACGCCCGGCUUCGGCGUGUACUUCCUGGCGUACGACGUGCUGACGCGUUCGCUGGGCUGCGAGCCGGAGGAUCCGUACAUGAUUCCGAAGCUGCUGUUCGCCGGCGGGAUGUCGGGCAUCGCCUCCUGGCUCUCCACGUAUCCGGUGGACGUCAUAAAGUCGCGGCUGCAGGCCGACGGUGUCGGCGGCGUCAACAAGUACAGCGGGAUCGCGGACUGCGUCAGGCAGAGCUUACAGAAGGAGGGGUACCGGGUGUUCACUCGCGGCCUCACGUCCACACUGCUGCGCGCGUUCCCGGUCAACGCCACCACCUUCGCCACUGUGACUCUGUUUUUAAUAUACAUGCGACGGGAGGAAGAAUGCAGCAUGCAGAACUCUGAGCCGCCCGCCGUGCAGCUGCAGCCGCAGCCGACCAGCAUGUAAGGUACAGGUUAGCUGAUACUCACCUCUCCAUCCAUCUGUGGUAUUUAAAAACUUCUUUUUUUAAACUAAAAGCUGAAUUUGUGCGUAUAUAUGGCUUCUUUUCUCACCCAUGCUUUUGUACAAUAGUUCUAUUAGCAAACUGUAGUGUAAGGGUGCACCGAUUGCAGUUUUUAGGCCGAGUUUGUAACAGUGAGGUGACUAUUGUUAACUGCAAACGUGCGGUUGAAAUAAGAUCGGCUUUACAUGCAAGUAUCGGCCGAUCACCCAAAAUAAAUCGGUGCACCCAUACUGUAUCAUUACUGUAAUUGUUACAAACAAGUUUAAAAACAAUAAUGCUGUUAGUAAAGAUGCAUCAAUAUGAAAAUAUGAGCCAAUAACCAUAUUUGAUGUUAAUAUUUACAGAUAUCUAUAUUUUACCACUUUUACAACACAUUUGGGGGGUUAAAUGAAUACAGAUUGUUCAUAUCUGACAGAUAUUGUCCGAUACCGAUGUUGGUUCCGAUAUUUAUCGUGCAUCCCUACUAUCUAGGUCGGAUAGUGACUGCAUGCAUGUAAUUCUUUGCAGUUAUUCUGGUCAUUUUUUAUGACCUUAACUUAUCAAAACCACCAUCUAUUAUCUGGCAUCUUGCAAUAACGGAGAAUAGUUUACGAAAACGUUCCCAAAGUAUUUUUAAAAGGUCAGCUGGCUUUGUGUGACUUUAACCUCCUUGUGUUAACAUAAAUAUAUUUUUGGAUAUUUUCUCAGAUAAAAUCAAACGUAAGUCUGUGUUUUAAAGAAGCACCUUAUAAUAACCACAUGAAUGGUUGAAGAAACAAAGACGAAAUGUAUUUUUGGUUUUUUUGCAGUAACUACUAAAAACACUGAAUGCUGUGUUGAGUAGAGUUGGGUUGGAAGAAAUGAAAACUGUUAUCAGAAGUCACUUUGUCCACAAGGGGGCAGCAGCAGACCAGCUACGUUCGCCCACUUGCACCAUUAGCUGCUCUUUUUACAUACCUGCAUAUUUUACAGAAUAGCAUGGAUUAUACUGGAUGAAUGUUGAGACUUAAGAGCUUAAAUGUGGGUUAAAUUUCCCAAUAAUCAUGCAGAAACAAGUAAUAUCCCUGUAUGUAGAUGGUGCGUGUUGUGUUGGACAUAAUGUACAUUAAUGUGAAAGUGCUGCUGAUUGUUGUUGAGGCUUUAGAAUGACUUGUAAAUCUUUCUUGUAAUUUGUUUUGCUUUUUUUUUUUUAAAGUUGGAAGGAUUGCUUUAGCUGUCGAAUGCUGCUUUGUAUUCUGUGCUUGAUUCUGUACGAUACUUUGUACCAAAGUAGCCAUCCAAAUGUAGAUCUUUAAAAAAAUAAUAAAGAUUUGUUUUCUAA